UGGGACCAAACACUCAUGAAAAUGUUCAAACUUUAGGAAAAGGAGCAGCUCCAAGUUUUGUUUAUGGCCCUGCAUAUAAGCGAUUUCAGGCUUAGCAAAGAGAUUUUGAUAUAAGAGUUGAGAUAGAAGUUGAAAAAGCUACAUCCGCUAUGAGAAUUGUGAUGGAAAAAAAAUUGGCUGAAGCAAAAGAAGAAAUAGAGAAGAGGGAGAAAAAGUUAUUUGAAGAAAAAGAAGAAAUAAAAGUGAUGGGGCAAAAAUGUUAGAAGCAACAAAGGAUAUGGAUGCAAAAAUAGAUGAUAAAGUAAAGCUGGGUAUAAAGGCAUAUCUAGAAUCUUUGGGUAUUAUUAUUGGCUCAAAUAGGAAAUUAUGUGGUGAUAAGCAGGUUUCUGAUAACUCAAUGGACGAUCACCAACAAUCACUAUCACCUGUUUCACUUGUUCACACAAACAUGAUUAACAUAAUCAAGAAGACUGGAGUUAGUGAAGUUGGCACAAAGAAAAAGAAGCGGAACCUCCAUCGGGUGGAGUUAUAUUUUCUCCCUUCCUCUCACAUCCCCCCACAACCAAGAAAAUAUCAUCAACUGCAUUAUGAUAUUACUACAACAUUUCAAUUGUUCGGUUUGGGCGGUUUUUUUUACUUUCUUGGAUUUUUUGAUUUAUGUUGUAUGUUUCUUUUUCUCUUCAGUUGCUAGUAUUA